AUGGAAGGUGGAAAAUGGGGCUUGGUGAUCAUUCUGGCAGCCUUUAUGAUUCAAGUCCUUGCCUUUGGUGUCACUUCUACAGUUGGUGUUUACAACAUUGAUUUAUUGGAUUACUUUGAUGGUGCAACUGUAGGGGUCUCCUUGAUUGGUUCUAUCAACUAUGGGGUGUUUCUAGGUUCUGGGCCAAUAGUCAGUUUCCUCAUGACAAGAUUUAGCUAUAGGAAAAUUGCCUUGUUUGGGUCAGUGCUUGUAGUUAUUGGACUCCUGGGCAUGCCAAUUCUGCCUUACAUACCAGCAAUGUGUGUCUGUUUUGGGCUGCUAACUGGUUUUGGUAGUUCCUGUGCUUAUAUUCCAUCGCAUGUUCUCAGUGGUCUGUACUACGACAAGCACAGAAGUUUGGCUACAGGAGUGGCCACCAGUGGGUCUGGUCUGGGUGGAGCUAUAAUGCCAAUAAUAACAGGGGUACUUAUUGAGUAUUAUACUUGGAAAGGGUCACUAAUCUUUGUGGCCGGACUUUGUCUUCACUUGAUUGUCUUCUCUGCAUUGCUGCGUGAGCCUCCACCACUCUUGAUGAAAGAGACAAGCAUCACACAUGUUGUGCCUCUGAAUUCUAAGUCUGCGUAUGAAGCUGUUGAUGUUUCAAAAGCAAAGAAAAUUCCAAAUUCAUCCCGCCAUAUAUAUAUCUUUACCAAUUAUGGUUUUGAUGUGUAUUUUGCAAGUAACAUCAUGUGGAAUGCUGGCACUGCAAUUGUAAAUGCUUUUGUGCCAGAGUUUUUAACAGAAAAAGGCCUUUCGCCAAUGGAAGCUGCUUGGUAUGCAGGAAUUUAUGGAUUUGGAUGUUUUGUUGGUGGUGUUCUGGGAGGUGUAUUUGGUAAUUUUCGGUGGGUGAACAGGCAAGUUCUAUAUACUGCAUCAAACAUUGUCAUGGGUGUAAGUCUCAGUGCCUUUCCAUAUUUUGAACAAAAACCUCUUUACCUGGUGUUCCUCAUCAUUAGUGGAAUAGCUUUUGGAAUUAUACUUGGACUGUUGAUUGUGGUACUUACCGAUCUGAUUGGGGUUGAAAGCCUUGGAAAUGGAUUAGGUUAUCUUAUGCUUUCAAAUGGACUUGGGACAUUUAUAGGACCACCAGUGGCAGGUCUAAUCAAGGAGGCAACUGGAAGUUUCAAGGAGGCAAUCGUCCUGUCUGGUGUCCUGUGUGUGUUUGGUGGAUUGAUAAUGAUUUUGAUGCCUUGCAGAUGGAAUUGCUGUAGCCAAAAGAAAACAGAACAUUUAGUUUAUAAUAACUGA